UCCCCAGUUCCUGCCAGUUAAGUCCCUAGGCCUCUAGGUCUCACUCCCUUGCUCUACCAGCCUCGCCAUCAUCCAUGCUGCCCCAAGAACCUUGAGGACUCCAGAACAGACCUCUGGCACUUUUGGCCAGGGCCUUCUGCACCACCUGCCAAGGACUACCCUCUGAAGAGGUCCAAGCACCGGAAGUAUUACUACGAAGCUGCUUUUCUGACCAUCCUUAAGAAAAAAAGAAAGAUGGCCAAGGCGAAGGGCCUAAUAAGCCCCAGUGAUUUUGCCCAACUGCAACAAUACAUGGAGUACUCUACCAAAAAGGUCAGCGAUGUCCUUAAGCUCUUUGAGGAUGGCGAGAUGGCUCAAUAUGUCCAAGGAGAUGCCAUUGGAUAUGAGGGAUUCCAGCAAUUCCUGAAAAUCUAUCUGGAAGUGGAUAAUGUACCCAAUCAGCUAAGCCUGGCACUGUUUCAGUCCUUCCAAACUGGUCACUGCUUAGACAAAACUGUGACAAAAGAUGUGAUAUGUCUGAGUGAUGUCUCCUGCUACUUUUCCCUUCUGGAAGGUGGCCGACCAGAAGACAAACUAGAAUUCACCUUCAAGCUGUAUGACACGGACAGAAAUGGGAUCCUGGACAGCUCAGAAGUGGACAGAAUCAUCCUACAGAUGAUGCGAAUGGCUGAAUACCUGGAUUGGGAUGUGUCUGAGCUGAGACCGAUUCUUCAGGAAAUGAUGAAAGAGAUCGACUAUGAUGGCAGUGGGUCUGUCUCCCUAGCCGAAUGGGUCCGGGCUGGGGCCACCACCGUACCAUUGCUAGUGCUGUUGGGUCUGGAGAUGACUCUGAAGGACGAUGGGCAGCACAUGUGGAGACCCAAGAGGUUCCCCAGACCAGUCUACUGCAACCUGUGCGAGUCAAGCAUUGGUCUUGGCAAACAGGGGCUGAGCUGUAACCUCUGUAAGUAUACCGUGCACGACCAGUGUGCCAUGAGGGCCCUGCCUUGUGAAGUCAGCACCUAUGCCAAGUCUCGGAAGGACAUUGGUGUCCAGUCGCACGUGUGGGUGCGAGGAGGUUGUGAGUCUGGGCGUUGUGACCGAUGUCAGAAAAAGAUCCGAAUCUACCACAGUCUGACUGGGCUUCAUUGUGUAUGGUGCCACCUAGAGAUCCAUGAUGACUGUCUGCAGGCCGUGGGCCCUGAGUGUGACUGUGGGCUGUUACGUGAUCACAUCCUGCCUCCAUCUUCCAUCUAUCCUAGUGUCCUGGCCUCUGGACAGGAUCGUAAAAAUAACAAAAUAAGCCAGAAGACCACGGAUGAUUUAAAUUUGAGCACCUCCGAGGCUCUGCGGAUUGACCCUGUUUCUAACACUCACCCACUUCUAGUCUUUGUCAACCCUAAGAGUGGCGGGAAGCAGGGGCAAAGGGUGCUAUGGAAGUUCCAGUAUAUCCUGAACCCUCGACAGGUGUUUGACCUUGUAAAGGAUGGUCCUGAGCCGGGGCUCAGAUUCUUCAGAGAUGUUCCUGAUAGCCGGAUUUUAGUAUGUGGCGGAGACGGCACAGUAGGCUGGAUUCUAGAGACCAUUGACAAAGCAAACUUGCCUGUUGUGCCUCCUGUUGCCGUGUUGCCCUUGGGCACUGGAAAUGAUCUAGCUCGCUGCCUGAGAUGGGGAGGAGGGUAUGAAGGACAGAAUUUGGGAAAGAUCCUCAGGGAUUUAGAGACGAGUAAAGUGGUACAUAUGGAUCGAUGGUCUGUGGAGGUGAUACCCCAGCAAACUUCAGAAAAGAGUGACCCAGUUCCCUUUCACAUCAUCAACAACUACUUCUCCAUUGGUGUGGAUGCCUCUAUUGCUCACCGAUUCCACAUCAUGCGAGAGAAAUAUCCUGAGAAGUUCAACAGCAGAAUGAAGAACAAGCUAUGGUACUUUGAAUUUGCCACGUCUGAAUCCAUCUUCUCAACAUGCAAAAGGUUGGAGGAGUGCUUGACAGUUGAGAUCUGUGGGAAACCGCUGGAUCUGAGCAACCUGUCCCUGGAAGGCAUCGCAGUGCUGAACAUACCUAGCAUGCAUGGUGGCUCCAACCUCUGGGGUGACACCCGGAGACCCCAUGGGGAUAUCUAUGGGAUCAACCAGGCCUUAGGUGCUACAGCUAAAGUCAUCACCGACCCUGACAUCCUGAAAACCUGUGUACCAGACCUAAGUGACAAGCGACUAGAAGUAGUCGGGCUUGAAGGUGCAAUUGAAAUGGGCCAGAUCUAUACGAGGCUCAAGAGUGCUGGACAUCGGCUGGCUAAGUGCUCUGAGAUCACCUUCCACACCAGGAAAACACUCCCCAUGCAAAUUGAUGGGGAGCCUUGGAUGCAGACACCCUGUACGAUCAAGAUCACCCACAAGAACCAGAUGCCUAUGCUCAUGGGCCCACCCCCUCGCUCUUCCAAUUUCUUUGGCUUCUUGGGCUGAGGAGGUCACCCUUUUCCAAGCCAGCCUUGAACCCACCUCCCUGUCCCUGGACAUCACCCCUAGGCUCUGUACAUUGCUGCCACACUCUCCUGCCAGCUCAGGGGAGUGUUCCUUCACCCUUACAGUAUUUAUUAUCCACACCACUUCACUAUUCCCUGUGCACAUGUCCACAUACACACAUGCACAUACACACACCACAAACACAUACAUUGAAAGUGCCUCGUCUGA